CGAGGGGGUCUGGGUCUCGCGGCCGUGCCCCCCCGAUGCGGAGCGCCGCAGCCGGCGCGAUCACGGAGGCCUGCGGAAGUCUCUCGGGCAGCCCCCCGAGUCCUCCCAAUGGAAGCUCCAGGGCCCAGGCUCCCAAAGAAGGGCCCCAAGAGCGAUCCAAGCACUCGCCCCGUGGGCAGACGACCUUGGACUUUGCAUCCGAAUGCAUGAUGCGCGAAUGACGAGAAGACUAUACCGUGCUGACGGGAGGCUACACGGGAGGCCCUACGGCGAGCCUUACUGGACACCAUGCGGGAUAUCGCGCGGGAGACCAUGUGAGAGACCAUACGGGAGACCACGGGCUAUACGCCAUCGAGUCCGGCUCUUGAGGAGCUCACAGGCGCUCCAGAAGGAUCGUGGAGCUUGGCUCUCGGCGACGCCGUGGACACUGUCCGUGCCUCGAGCUCGCUGCGCAGUGAUGCUGCUCAGCGUGGCCAGCGGCAGCGCGUUGCAAGCAGUGACUUGCGCCACUGAUGGGCUGGAUCGGGCUGGCAUUGGUGGGCACACCUCGCUGUGCCAAGACUCGAGCAGACAUUCUGGCAAGCCUGGCGUCAGACAAAAUGGCCUCGGAUGAGAACAAGGCCGAGGAGGAGGCCGAGGAGGAAAGGGAAGAGGAGGGGAGAAAGGGGAUGUGGUUCCAGCGCACCUCCUGGCCGGAAAUGCGUACGUAGAGUGAAGAGGCACGCGCAAACUGGCAGGCAGCUCGGGAGGCCAGCACGGCGAGGCCAGCUCUCAAGCCUCGGGCUGCCGCCACCAGAAGAAGACGAAGUCCAUGCAGAUCGCGGCCGAGGCCGCACCGAGAAGCCACGGACGCCCCGCACUUCCUUCUUCCUGAACCUGGGCCUUCGGCAGGCCCAGCAGCCACCACGCCCGCUCCUCCUCCUUGCGCGGGGGACGUCGGCUGCCCGGCCUCGCCGACCCCGGCCGCGCGUGUGCCCUGCACCCUCCUGGCCUGGCCAGGGAGGCAUGUACACACCCAUCCCGGGAGGACAACGAGGUACCGACACGCGUUCCACCAGCGCAAGCGAGCCUUUUGGCGAAAGAGGAGGUGGAGGGGAGGGGGAGGAGGAGAGGGGAGGGGGUGACACAAGCAGCCCCAGCGCUGGGCUGCGUCACAAAGGAGGUACCGAUACACACCGCUACUCCCCGGACCUCUCCGGGGGUGCGUUCUAACCAAAAUUUCGAAGCGAAUGUGGCCACAGUGACGAGGCAAGGGCAGCGGCAUCGGUACUCCUAUCUCUUCUGAAAUCCUGGGAGGUUUUUCAUGUUUGUGUUUGCCUCAGUAUUUCUUGUCUUACUUCCACUACCGG